GCGAAGACUUGCAUGCUGUGCGCAAGUAGUUAGAGCGGUGCUAAUCGUUGUGUUGCAUAACGCUUAAAUUGGAUAAAUAUUCGAUGCAACGGCUAGACAAUAUUUGAAAUAAUGGCAAAGCAGAGUUCGCUUUUCAACUUUUUCACAAAGUCGCCGCCAGCCGUUGGUAAGAGUAAGCCAAGUCCAUCACCUGCCGAGGCUGACUUGCCUUCCUCGGUGCAGAAGUCCAACACAUCUCCCAAAGAGGAGGCCAAACAAGCUGCCAAGCAAGCUGCCAAACUCGACAAAAAGACGCCAGCAAAGCCCAAGAAACCCUCAAGCAAAUCAGGGAUUAACAAAUUAUUCGGGAACAAAACUCAUUCAAAUGGAAAAGACAGCAGCCCACCAUGCAACUUCAAUGCAGGUGCCCUGGUGUGGGCGAAGCUGGAAGGGCACCCUUGGUGGCCGUGCAUGGUGGUGCCUCAGCCCCUAAGCGGGCAGCAGAUGCGGGGAAAGGGCCGAGAGCAGCGCAUACACGUCCACUUCUUCGACGAGCCCCCCACUCGAGGCUGGAUCAGCACCAAGUACGUCAGGGACUACCAAGGUUCCGACAGCACUGAUGCCAAGGCAGGCGGCGUGUUCUUCAGUGGGAAGCCGGUGAUCCGACAGGGCAUGGUGCUGGCAGACUCAGCCAUGGCCCUGAGCACAGAGGAGAAACUCAAGAUACCACUCUGUACAGACCCCUCAGAUGACGAGGAGGAGAUGGGGGAGGAGGAAGAGGAAGAGGAAGAGAUGGAGGUGGACAAGUCGAGUCAGAGUGAAGAGGCAGCAGGUGAGUCAGAGGAGAAAGUGGAGGAGGGGAAGAAGAGUGGCAGGCGGCGUCCAUCCCGCAGGGCGGCCGAGAAAGGCCAGAAGCCCAAGCGGCGGCGCAUUGUGGUGGCCUCGGAUAGUGAGGACUCCGGCGACGAGUUCAAACCUGAGCAGGCUGACGGCAGCAGUGAAGAGGAGGAUGAUGAUGAUGAGGGUGCAAGCAGCGGAGUCGACGAAGAAGAGGAGGAGGAAGGGGAGGAAGAGGAAGGGAGUGAGCCGGAGACAGAGCCAGAUAGUCCAGUCAAACCCGUAAAGCGCAAACGUCCGGCGGAGAAAGCAGAGAAGCCCCCGGCCAAGUCUUCCAAGGCGAUGGCUCCCUCGGAGGGGCCCAAGCGAACUGGGCCUCCCGCCUCUGUCUCAUCUGACACCAAGUCCAAACUGUCAGCCUUCUCGGCACCAGACUCAUUCGAAAGCACCAACAGUACUGGCGGGGCGGACGGGGGCGUGACUGUGUGGGACCAUGAGAAGCUGGAUUGGCUUGCGGAGGGCCGGCGGAAGGACUCACGGCGGCGGCGGGAGUCGGAGGAGGACUACGACCCCACCACAAUCUACGUGCCCGAAGACUUCCUCAACCGCUGCACCCCCGGCAUGCGGCGCUGGUGGGAGCUCAAGGCCACUAUGCUGGACACGGUCAUCUUCUACAAGGUGGGCAAGUUUUAUGAGCUGUACCACAUGGAUGCGGUGAUCGGGGUGAACGAGCUUGGCUUCACCUUCAUGAAGGGCACCUGGGCCCACUCCGGCUUCCCCGAGAUCGGCUUCGGGCGCUUCUCAGACGUCCUGGUGCAGAAGGGAUACAAGGUGGCUCGCGUGGAGCAGACGGAGACUCCAGAGAUGAUGGAGGCGCGCUGCAAGAAGAUGCUGCGGCCCACCAAGUUCGACCGCGUGGUGCGGCGCGAGGUCUGCCGCAUCCUGACGCGUGGCACGCAGACCUACAGCGUUCUGGACGGCAGCCCUGCCGAGAGCCAGGCCAAGUACCUGCUGAGUGUCAAGGAGCGCUCUGAGGGCGGUGAAGGCUCGGCGGGCGUCGGACACACGCACACCUACGGCGUCUGCUUUGUGGACACGUCGGUGGGCCGCUUCCACGUGGGGCAGUUCCGCGAUGACCGGCACUGCUCGCGUCUCCGCACCCUGCUGGCGCAUCACGCGCCCGCCCAGCUGCUCUUCGAGAAGGGCAACACCUCAGCCGAAACCCGCAAGAUCCUGAAGGGCACAGGCGCCAUGCAGGACGGCCUCAACGCCACCUCGCAGUUCUGGGACGCCCAGAAGACCCUCAAGGCCCUGGCCGAGGCGGACUACUUCCAGGAAACUGACAAGAACGAGGAGGACACCAAGGAUGGCAACACUGCUUCUCUGCUCCCCACCACACUUAAGAGCAUGACAUCCGAGACGGACGCUCUGUGUCUGACCCCUAAGGAGGGCUAUGAGCUGGCUCUGUCGGCACUGGGCGGCUGCAUCUUCUACCUGAAGAAGUGCUUGGUGGACCAGGAGCUGCUGUCCAUGGCCAACUUUGAGGAAUACAUGCCGGUGGACGUGGAGAUGGAGCAGUCGGGCGGACCCUCCAGCUUCUUCGCCAAGACUCGUCAGAGGAUGGUCCUGGACGGGGUGACCCUGGCCAACCUGGAGAUCCUGCAGAACAGCGCCUCCGGUGGUGUAGAGGGCACCCUGCUGGAGCGCCUGGACACCUGCUGCACCCCCUUUGGCAAGCGGCUGCUGAAGCAGUGGCUGUGUGCGCCGCUCUGCAACCCCGCCUCCAUCAGCGACCGCCUGGACGCCCUGGAGGACCUCAUGGCUGCACCUGCGCAGGUGCAGGAGGUGAUGGAGCUGCUGAAGAAGCUUCCGGACCUGGAGCGCCUGUUGAGCAAGAUCCACAGCCUCGGCAUGCCGCUGAAGGGCUCAGAUCACCCCGACAGCCGCGCCGUCAUGUACGAGGAGGUGGUCUACAGCAAACGCAAGAUUGCCGACUUCCUGGCCGCGCUCGAGGGCUUCAAGGCUAUGAGGGAGAUUGUCAGCGUCAUGGCCGCCGCCGCCAAAGAGUUCCGAUCCAAGCUGCUGCGGCAGGUGGUGGUCCAGAGGGCAGAGGAGGAUGACGACAACUGUGCCGAUGCCAGCGAAGGCAAGGGCCUGUUCCCAGACCUGUCGGGGGAGCUGAAGCGCUGGGACACGGCGUUCGACCACCAGAAGGCGCGCAGCACAGGAGUCAUCACGCCCAAGACGGGCUUCGAUCCCGAGUACGACGCGGCACUGGCCGGGGUGAAGGAGUGCGACCGGCAGCUGCAGGACUUCCUGGAGCGGCAGAAGAAGAGGCUGGGCUGCCGCACGCUGGCCUACUGGGGCACCGGCAGGAACCGCUACCAGAUGGAGGUGCCUGACAGCGUCUCAGAGAGGAACAUCCCGGAAGAGUACGAGGUGAGGUCGACGAAGAAGGGCUGGAAGCGUUACUCCACGAAGGAGAUUGAGCGCUGGUUCUCGGAGCUGCAGCGCUGGGAGGAGAAGAGGGACGCCGCCCUGAAGGACUGCAUGAGGCGCCUCUUCUACAACUUCGACAAGAACUACAAGGACUGGCAGACCGCCGUGGAGUGCAUGGCUGUGCUUGACGUGCUGCUUAGCCUCUCCCAGUACAGCCAGGCGGGCGACGGACCCAUGGCCCGGCCAGAGGUGCUCCUACCUGGGGACAACCAGGGCGACCCAAGCCUCCCCUUCUUGGACCUCCGGGGCUCCCGCCACCCCUGCGUCACCAAGACCUUCUUUGGGGACGACUUCAUCCCCAAUGACAUCUCCAUCGGCUGUGCCGGAGCAGAGGAGGAUGCGGAGGGACAGGGGGGCAAGGAGGGGGCCAUGUGUGUCCUGGUGACGGGGCCCAACAUGGGCGGCAAGUCUACACUCAUGAGACAGUGUGGUCUGAUGGUGAUCCUGGCCCAGCUGGGCUGCUACGUGCCGGCUGAGUCGCUGCGCUUCACCCCAGUGGACCGCGUCUUCACGCGUCUGGGGGCCUCCGACCGCAUCAUGGCCGGUGAGAGUACGUUCUUUGUGGAGCUGAGUGAGACGGCCAGUAUCCUCCUGCAUGGCACCAGGCACUCCCUGGUGCUCCUGGAUGAAUUGGGUCGAGGCACCGCCACGUAUGACGGCACGGCAAUAGCCAGCGCAGUGGUUCGAGAGCUGGCAGAGAAGAUCCGCUGCCGCACGCUCUUCUCCACACACUACCACUCACUAGUGGAGGACUACAGCCACCAGCCCUCAGUCAGGCUUGGACACAUGGCCUGCAUGGUGGAGAAUGAGUGUGAGGACCCCAGCCAGGAGACCAUUACCUUCCUCUACAAGUUCAUCGGCGGAGCCUGCCCCAAGAGCUACGGCUUCAACGCUGCGCGAUUGGCCAGCCUGCCCGAGGCCGUCAUUCAGUCGGGCCACCGCAAGGCCAAGGAGUUCGAGAAGAGCACAGUUACCCUCAGGAUCUUCAAGAAGCUCUGUGCGUUUGCUGAAGAUGCCUCCGCUGGAUUGGACCAGUUCAGUGCCCUCGUGGAGAUGAUUGGCACUCUGUGACCAGUGACACUUUGGUCUUGAUGACUAAUGACUGUAGACUCAGUAGUCUUGACGAUUGUUCGUCUUCCUCCAUGAGUUCUUUAUAUAUGUUCGUUUGUUGUGUUACAUUUUCGUUUCUAGCACCCUUGUAUUAAAAAAAAAAAAGAUCCACCACUACUGAAAUGAUCUAAUAAAGUUUAUUUUUAAAAAUGAAACACUUUCCUCUUUGCCUAGGAAAUGAAACCCUUUCUGAUUAACACUAACAUCUACAUAAUGGUUAUUGAGUACUCCACAAUAUAUUAAGUCUAGGAUGUUAUGGAACAUGCAUACAUUUCAGCUUUUUUAGGAGAAACCCACAGUCACCAAUACAGUUGGAUUGGGGAAGGAAAACAAACAAAAAGCCAAAAUUAAAAUUCAAAAAUAAAAAGGAAAUAAAAAUGUCUGUCUAGAUACUCGUUUCAGCUUCUCUGGAGCCGAAGCUUCUUUUUCUUACAAAGAUAAAUAUCUCCAGCAAUGUUUACAUGGACAGGUGGGUAGGUAACCCAAAGGGACCCAGUACAGACGGGACUGAACUGGCCCAGGGACCGACCCACACAGCAGUGCUUCCACGAGACUGGACCUCGAGUCGACGGCACCAGAGUACGCAAGUCCGGUGGCGACUCACAAACACGUUGGAUUAUGGAGGGUAAUCUCACUUGGGGCAUUUUGUUUUAGAGGAGUGUCCUGAAACAUGCACGCUCACACACACGCGCGCAUACACACACACACAAUCCGUUCACCAAAACACAAGAGGUAAAAGGGGGGAAAUAUGGAGGAACAGGGGCAGAUAUUCGACUUUUUUUUUUUACUUUUUUUUUACUAAAUCUAAAACACGCUACAAAAAUGUAAAUACAGGGCCAAACAAAAAAUUCACACCACCAGUCUCGUGAAAACACUGUCAUUACGCUAAACGGUUAAAAUCCAAAACAGGCUUUUUCCAAAGCCACUCCUCUUUCUCUCAAUCUCUUUUUUUCCUUCGAUACCAAAUAAAAUUCACCAUUGCUGGAGAGCGAUUAGUGUUGUGCACCACCUUCCCCUUACCUCCCUUACCCAUCCCCCCCAAUAAUCUCUUUCACAGAAAGAACGUACAAACACCCUGCAGCAUGAGUACAAUUACAGCAAGUCUAAAGAAUAAUAAUAAUAAUAAUAAUAAUCCAAACCUCCCCCAUCCCGCCCCACCCCUUUUCAAUCCUCCCCACAAAUUAAUAUAUUUAAUAAAAUAAAAGAUAUUCAAGUACAUUAAGAUUUUUGCUUGAAAAUACAAAACUACAUGAGAAAGCGUUAAAAUCAAAAUCUUAUAACAUUUCUUUUUUUU